AUGAUCAGUGCUACCUCUUUCGUGAACCCCAUCGGCAGCCGACCGCCGCGGUAUCGAACCCCUUCCCCUCCGCGACGCGCCGUAGAACCUAUCUCGCCGUGCUCGACUAUUGACUACCGCACCUCCCGGGUUGAUCGCGAAGCCUCAGCAUCUGCUACCUCGGAUCAUGUCCGUUUCACACCAAGUGAUACUAGGCUCUCCCCGGUCGAUGUCCCGACAUCGCAUCGGUCGGGUCAUGGUCGGUCCAGCUCAACUAUUGACACCCUCGCGACGAUUGCGCUCGCUACAAGCCCUACCUUUACACCUCUCACGUACCGUCAUCCCUCAGAAAAUCCUGAAACCGCCACUGCGAUGUUCCCUCCCGAACCUACAGAACCGAACGAACGCCCAGCAAAGCGACCACGAUCAGAGAAAGACGAAUCCUCAUACGCACAACAGCGAUCAAACAUUGUCCCGAUUUCGAAUCCUCCACCGAUCUCUGAUAGUAUGAAAACUGACGCAGAACUGUUGCUGAAUUUUGCGCGGCCGACGAAUUUGUACCCACCGACACCGUCAUCGAAGCGAGUCAGUGCGGAUGACUCCUAUCAUAACCAUGUCUUUCAUUCGCAAGGCCAAGUCAAAGAGAACAAUGUUAGCACAUACUGGGGAAUGAACCACGAGAGCGUGGUCUUCAACCAUUCUGCCAUAUACAGUUUUCCACCAUCACGGAUGAGAUCUCAAUCGGAUGGCUCGGCUGCUAUAUCCCGUCCAGUGAUAGAAGGGCUCAGGCCGAACACAAGCUCUUCGACACUACCACCGAUUGCUUGGCAAGAAGAUGCGGAUGGCGGAGACAGACACUGGAAUUCUGAACCUAAGCCAGUUUUUGAGGGACCGCAGCUUGACUUCCACAAACCGAACGAAACGGUGCCGAACAACUUUUCCCAGAGCCAACCGCUGAAGAAGGAGCAUGACACUGAACCCAGUGGAUCUAGUCAGGCAAGCUGCGCUACGUGCAACCUCGUUCGUAUACCAAUCGAUAGCGACGACCAAGAUGUUACAUGGAUUAGCUGUGACGGCUGCAAGCGCUGGUUUCAUAUUGUAUGCGCUGGGUUCAAGAAUGAUCGCGAGAUCAGGACUGUCGAUAAAUUCAUUUGCAAGACCUGCCGGCCUAUACACGGCCAGACUACCUUUGUCCGGAAGUCAUCUCGCGCCCGCACCUCGAUCGACUAUGCCGGUCUCAAUCAAGGCUUGGUAAAAUCCGCAACAGACUCAUUAGAGCACCAUUAUAUUGAGCCUUUAAAGCAAAACAAGAUCCAAUUUUUACCUGAGAACUUCCCACGCAUGCGCCCAGAACUUGUCACCGCUGAAUACUUCGAGCGAGGAAACGGCAUGACAGAACCAAUCGUCAUACCCGCCGAAUUCAACACACAUGCAGCCAUUUCAUCCAUUGGCCACGAGUUUGAAGCCCUUGUUCAGGAUGCGUCCACACAAGAAAUGUUUGACGAGCUCUUGGACCAUCAACCAAAUGAGGAUUAUGAGACUGUUAUUGACUGCGGCCAAGAUCAGUUGGAUAUGGUGAUCCCGCAAGGACUGACAGUUAGGACAGUCUCUGAGCUCUACGGGCCGGAAGAAAGGGUGGAGGUCAUUGAUGUCAAGUCCCAGCAUGGUGAAGAUAAACGUUGGACCAUGCAGAAGUGGGCAGACUACUACGAGAGUUCCGGCGCUAAAGUGGUCCGCAAUGUUAUCAGCCUUGAAGUUUCGCAGAGUAAAUUAGGUCGGCUGAUUCGCCGGCCAAAGAUCGUACGCGAUCUUGACCUUCAGGAUGCUGUUUGGCCUGAGGAGUUGAAAGCCGUUGGAAAUUUUCCGAAAGUGCAAUUCUACUGCUUGAUGUCAGUAGCGGACUGCUACACCGACUUCCACAUUGAUUUCGGAGGUUCCUCUGUCUACUACCACAUUCUCAAAGGCAAGAAGACUUUCUUCUUCAUACCUCCCAAAGAUAAACAUUUGAAGAAGUACGAGGAGUGGUGCAACUCGCCUGCUCAAGACUACACCUUUCUGGGAGACCAGACCAAAGAGUGCUACCGCGUCGACCUUUCCGAAGGCGAUACCAUGCUUAUCCCGUCUGGCUGGAUUCAUGCCGUCUGGACGCCUGAAAACAGUCUUGUGAUCGGUGGUAACUUUCUUACCAGACUCAAUUACGGAAUGCAGAUCAAGAUUGCAAAGAUUGAAAAGGAAACCAAAGUUCCGAUGAAAUUUCGGUAUCCCUUCUUCCAGAAGAUUCAAUGGUACACUGUCCUGAAAUAUCUCGAAGAGGAUCCGGUACCUCAAAGCGUGUUGGACGCUUUUUCGCAGGACGAGCACCAUCGUUUCCAUCGAGAAUAUCCUAUAUACUAUGAGUUCGGAGAGCGAGCAAAUACUGAGCCGAGGGGAUCAUCGUACCACAACUCGCGGUUUUACUCUCAAGCUGAACUUGAGGGUCUCCCGGACCUCGCCAAAUAUCUCCUCAGGACUGCUUUGAUUGCAGGCUCUUACCUUGUGGAAGGCGUUACUGCUGAUACCAGAAAUGCCGUCAAGAGAUCGAUACCUACGAUGUCUGGAGAUCCUAUUGACGUGAUUCGGACGUUCGGUAUAUGGAUUGCAUGGAAGCGAGGCAACGAGAAAGCUGCACAUUGGACCCGUCCCGGUGUUGUGGAAAGCAAUGCUAAACUCAGCCUUGUGGAAAAGAAACCCGCUGGUAGACCUAGUCGCCGCUCAGAGCGUAACGCCGAGAAUCAACGAACAUACGCAGAGAGACAGGCAGUGCAGCGUUUGUCGGAGCGUCCGGCCGAUGACUCUCAAAAGGAGCCUGUCGCUGACGAUGAAAGCGCUGCGUCCUUGCCAAAUAAUACCCCUCCAAUGCACACUGCUCCCAUCCUUGUGCCGGUUGUUAACGAAGACACAACCCCGAAGCACAAAGCCGCUCCACGUGGCUCUGGCCUCGGUCCAAAACGGGUCGCCUGUGACGCAUGCCGCAAGCGUAGAAUACGGUGUCAUCACAAAGAAGAGAACAAUGCAGUGUCAGGUUCGCAAAUGGCGAUUGGCUCUUCUAGCCUAGGGCAUCACACACCAACUGCGCAAGAUGCGGCAUCAGCCCUGAAUUCACUCGCCGCGAUUGCAUCCGGUGCUGGUUUUCCAAAUGGCCUUCAUACCAUGAAAGGCUUUGAUCGAGUGGAAGGUUCAACUAGUUACACAACUGGCAUCACGGCCACGCCACAGGGAGGCGCCGUAAAAGUGGGUGAUGCCAGUCCGGAUGGUCCGAAUUCAGCCAAGAAAGGUCGCAGCAAAGCUUGUGAUGACUGCCGUAAGAGCAAGCGUCGUUGCAUUCAUGAUGAGUAUGGCAGGAUUGAUCCUAUAAAGGCUCAGGAGCGAUCGAAGCCACGAGCGACAAGUCUGGCGAAAAGGCCACGGGUUAACGAGGAAGGGGCCACAUCCAGUGCAAGUAAACGCUUGAAGCAGGAGAGUAUAUCGCCGGUGGCGAGGCAAGCCCAUAUGAACCAUUGCGGUGCGGAAAAUGCAACUCGUGCCCAGGAGGUUGCUGAGAACGGCACGCUAGAGCAUCCUCCCCGCGAAAGCAGCGCUCAGCGCGCAGAAAAAGACUUGCUGGCUGAUCAAAGGUCAUAUGCAUCGCCGCCAGCGUUUCAACCGGACACAGUUGCUACCAAGGAGUUGACCGCAGCCGUGUCAAAGCCAGCUGGCGCGUUGGUGUCACCACCAACCUCGCUGGCGGAUGAAAUGGAUAUACAAGAACAAGUCGAUGGCGAGGGGGAACAUGCAUCUGCCAUGUAUACCCCUUCAUCAGGCUCCCGCCACUCUUCGCGCCAACCCCGGCAGAUUGAGAGAUACAUGCCAGAGGUGCACUUUGCCAAGACGACAAAGUCUGCAAGCACUAUUCCUCAACCUGCGCGUCGCUCAUCUUUUGGUUCUACCGUGCGAAAAACAACGCCAGGGUUGUCGUCCGGCCCAAAGAAAUCUGCAUCCCGUCCAUCCUCGUCUCAUGGCAAAAAGAGUCUUUCCCCUUCAGUGGAGAAGAGAUCCGAACGUCAUGCCUUUCCUCCCUCAUCUUUUGUCCAGCACGGCAAAGACCCCAGGUCAGAUCAUGCAAUACUCGACGACGACCCUGAUGCUGAAAGCUUGCGUCUAAUACGCGAAUUGCAAGAACAGGAGUUCGGGUUACGGCGGCGAGCUGGCCGAGCUUAA